AUGAGUCAUUAAUUAUCAAACAUUGAGAAAAUAAAAUAAUAACUCCAUCUUUAAUAAUAGGUUAAAGAGAUAUUGGCAAAAGAAUACAUAGAUCUAUAAAACAAGGAGCAUUUUUAAGUAAUCAUUGAUAUUUUGGAAAAACCAAAAAAACAAAGAACUUCUAAUGAAUUGUAAUUGUUAUCAAUGGCAUUUUCAUCGAUCAAAUAUUUUUAAGAAAUGAGUAAAUCAACAAGUUAAGAUGAGAUGUUAAAUUUAUUUAGAGAAUUAUAAUAUGUAGAAGUGCCAGCAAGAAGAACAUUAUUUCGAUUAGGAGAUAUUGGUAAGAAUUUUUAUAUCAUUCUAAGUGGGGCUGUUUGGGUAUUGGUAGGGAAAUCUGGUUUGUAGAAUGGAGGAUUCACAAAGGAUGAGAAGAAAGCUGAUUAUAAUGAGGGCACUUUUUAGGAUGAAUUUGAGUUUGCAGAUUUAGAUGAUGAAAAUAUGUUGUUAUCCAAAUAUCCGAAUAUGAUGAAGGUAGGUUAGAUUGCUUCAGGUGGAAGUUUUGGUGAAAUUGCGCUUACAAAUUUCAUUCCAAGACAAGCAACAAUUGUAUGCAAAGAGGAGUCUUAAUUUAUUACUUUAUCAAGAGAGGCCUUCAAUAAAUUUUUAUCUGAAUAUUAUAGUAGAAUCUAACAAAAGAAUUUUGAGUUCUUAAAAUCGAUUUCUAUAUUUAAUGAUUGGAAUGAUACUGAAUUAAAUUAAAUGCAAUAUCAUUUACAACCUAUUGAAUUUUGUUAUAAUACUUAGAUUUAUAAGGAAGGCGAGAUUGUCAAAGGAGUUUAUUUUUUGUUAGAUGGGCAAGUUGAAAUUACUUAAAAUGCCAAGAACGAUAAUUAAAAUGAAAGUCAAUUAGUAAAACGAAUGAAUAGAUCUUUGAGCUCUAAAAACAUUCAAUUAAAAUUGAAUAGAUGUGGAUAUGGUUAAUUGUUUGGUUAUUUGGAGAUUGUUCAAAAUUAUGAACAUAGAUAAUCAAAGGCUGUUUGUUUAACUGAAAAAUCCAAAAUGCUUUUUUUACCUGCAGAUAGGUUUAAAUUAUAUUGUUGUCAUGGGGAGACACUCAAUAAACUGAAUAAAUUGAUUGCUAAAUUAGAUUAGAAUAAAAAGAUAUCUAAAGACAUCUUUCUCGGAUAACAAAAAUCGGUAUAAUUUAAUGAGGAAUACUAUUUAAACUCUUUAACCUCACCACAUUGCGUUAAAACUUAGGAUGAUGAAGAUACCUCUGAAAAGGUCAGUUUGACUACAAACAAUAGGUUGUCUCAAAAAUCAAAGUUACCUUUACCUUAAAAGAAUUCAGAGAGAAAUUCUCAUAAAAAUUCUCAAUAAAAAUUAUAAAAGGAAAUUCUAGGGAAGAUAUAACAUAAACCCACGAACAUUUAAUCUUAUUAUGAAUUUAUAACUUAGCAUACGAAAGAGAAGCCUUUACAAUUAACAAUUGAAUGUCCUCUGAUUGAAAUUCAAUAGAGUAGGAAGGCUAAGAUAAUGUAGUCGUAAUUUUAACAUUAAUAUUCAUCUUUAAAUUUAAAGACUCCUACAUAAAAAAAUUUGGAUUCAAAAAUAUCCUUAAUUUAAUAAUUAAAAUUACCUAAAAUAUUCAAGAAAUAAUAAAAUACUGAUGAAGUAUAAUUGCAGGUGUCUCACUUUGUUAGGUAGCAUAAUUAAAGUGUAUAAAUUUAUUGA